AUGCAGCGCUCAGCUUUCCUCAUACUGUCGUUUUUGAGCGUCUCUGCCUUUUGCUGGCCCUACGACGAAUCACUCGCUAAAUACAAUCUAAACGAAAAUAAAUCCGCCGAAAGCCCGAUCGAUUAUUGGGGAGAAUGGCCAAACCAUGACUAUCAUCCAUCACCAGAUAACUGGCGUCUCCCUACAUAUACAAUCUUUUUGGACCGUAUAGCCAAUGGCGACCCCACGAAUGACGAUAUUAACGGGACAGAAUUCGAGCAUGUGGUCAACUCGAACCAGAUGCGCCAUGGCGGUGAUUUGGAGGGCUUGCUAGAUACGCUGGACUAUAUCGAGGGAAUGGGAUUCAAGGUUAUCUAUUUCGCCGGAACAUACUUGAUGAACUUGCCCUGGGCCUACGACGGGUACUCGCCGACCGAUACCACACUUCUCGACAUGCAUUAUGGAACACUGGAGGACUGGAGGCACACUAUCGAUGAGAUUCACAAACGCAACAUGUAUGUGUUGGUGGAUAACACACUGGCAACAAUGAGCAACCUGAUCGGAUUCAAAGGCCAUUUGAACGAUUCCGCCGAUUUCGAACCAGCAGAAUAUGAAGUCCAAUGGGUUACUGACAGACAAUACGCCGAUUUCAAAUUUGGCAACGAUUAUAACGAAACUUGCAACUAUCCUAAGUUCUGGGAUGAGACUGGAUUCCCAAUAACAACCGAGGGAGUCGAAAAAUUGAAGGGUUGCUACAACAGCGAUUUUGAUCAAUAUGGAGAACUAGAGGCAUUCGGUAACUUCCCCGACUGGCAGCGUCAACUUACGAAGUUUGCCUCCGUGCAGGAUCGCCUGCGCGAAUGGCACAAGCCGGUCCGUGAUGUGAUCGUUCGACACUCCUGCCUUCAAAUUGCGAGCCUGGAUAUCGACGGUUUCCGAUUUGAUAAGUCUGUACAGUCGACCCUCGAACCCCUGAGUGAGAUGCUCGCCGUUUACCGUGAAUGUGCAUUGAAAUACGACAAGAAAAAUUUCUUCCUUCCCGGCGAGAUCACCUCCGGAGACCGUAUGGGUAGUCUCUACCUCGGCCGCGGCCGCCAGCCUGAUCAGCGUCCGGAUAAUACAGCAGAAGGCGCCAGGCUUACGAAUAACUCGGACUCGACUUUCCUAAGAGAGGACGGGCUGCAAGCUUUGGAUUCCUCCGCAUUCCACUAUACCAUCUACCGUUCGAUGACCCGUUUUCUAGGCAUGGACGGUAACCUGGUUGCCGGAUUUGACUUGCCUACCGACUUCAUCGAAGCCUGGAAUGAGAUGCUCGUGACCAACGAUUUCCUCAACGCAUUCACUGGAGAACUGGAUCCUAGGCAUAUGUAUGGUGUUUCGAACCAGGACAAUUUCCGUUGGCCAGCUCUCCAGAAUGGCACAGAUAAGUACCUCCUGGGCUUAUACAUUAUCUCGCUAGAGCUUCCUGGAAUUCCCCUCAUCUUAUGGGGAGAAGAGCAGGAUAUGUAUGUGUUCGACGCCACUGCAGCGAACUAUAUGUUCGGCCGUCAGCCCAUGACAUACCAGACCGCGUGGUGGACACAAGGCUGCUUCAACUUGGAAACCGAAAAGUUCUAUGAUUUCCCUAUUGAGAAGGGACGCGACGGUUGCAAUGAUAUCACUGUCACGUAUGACCAGCGGAAUCCCGCUCAUCCACUCCGCAACAUCAUGAAGCGCAUGUUCGAGAUUCGAGCCCAUUUCCCAGUCGCCCAGGAUGGCUUGUUCCUCGAAACGCUCGCUGAACUCACAGAAGAUAUCUUCCUUCCUGGUUCUACUGACACCCCCACGGUCACUGGUCUUUGGUCUGUCUUGCGAGGCUAUUUCCCUGGGGUACAAGCAGAUGCAAUCGAAGCCGAUGACAUUCUAUGGCUUGUGUAUCAAAACGGAAACUCAACCAAAACAUAUGGCGGCGACUGCAGCAAGAAGAACGGGUCCUUGUUGUCUCCAUUUGAGUCAGGGACAAAAGUGAGGAACCUCUUCUAUCCUUAUGAUGAACUCACUGUGGAAGAGGGCUACGCAAAGUCCGACGGCAAUGUCAACUCCUACGGGUGCGUCCGUGAGAUGGAGUUGCUUCCAUGGGAAUACCGGGCAUAUGUCAAGACUAGCCAGUUCGUCAAGCCUGGCCCUACUGUCACUGAUUUCUUCCCCGGACAUGACGCUCGGCUGCUAUCUUCAGAAGACACGGGUGAAACCAUGCCCGUUCAGCUUGGGUAUUCCGCAGAGAUGGACUGUGACAGCAUCACAGACGCAAUUUCCCUAAAUUCCACAACAGAGAAAAAUAUCAACGCCGAGCUUGAUAUAUCAAGUGUGAACUGCACCAAAAUCCCUGCCAGGACCACAAGCAAGGAGCUCGUUGGAGAAGUCCCGACUGUUUGGACAUGGUCUGCAAACCUGAAGAAUGUCCACCAUGGAGUCCACCAAUUGACCAUCAAAAAUGUUUCUUCCAACGGAGUUUACACCAAUUCGACCGACAAGUUCUUGCUCCGUCUCGGUGCUCAGGACAACCCCCUGAUUUCCCCGCUCGCCAAUUACUCCACUAGCCUAGUCCACAAGUCCAACGACAAUAUUUACCUCCAGCACAGGGCUGCCGGUGCAGACAUGUUCCGAUACUCGUCUGAUUUCGGUCGGAGCUGGAACAACUGGACGAAGUAUGAAGGUGGCAACACAUCUAUCACCCUUCAGUCUUGGACUGGAACGGACGCCCAGAAGUGGGAUGGAACCCAUAUCCGAGUGCAGUACUUCUCAAAGCUCACUGGAAGUAGCGAUUAUAUCCAGGAAGGUGAUCAUGAUAGUACUACAGUCCGAAGAUUCCCACACAUGUGGUUCAACGGUCCAUACAACCAAUUUGGCUAUGAUGCAGGAAUGGACAGCAAGAUGAAGUACGAUUCCAAAACUUCGCGUUGGACCUACGACUUUGUCUACGAAUGGCCAGCUGUGGGCCAGCUGAAUGUCUGGGGUACGGAUAGUGAUGGCAAUCCUGAUAACACCGAGGUCUACGGUGAUGUCGGCAACUCGUCUGCAGUUCAAAAGCUUCCUCCGUCCUAUCUCGCAUCAAACGUCAUCAAUAUCACCAGUCCGCCGCCAUUCCCGCAUCUUGGCUGGACCAUCUCCCUCAACGAUGGCAACCUACAAUACGAGAUGAUCCCCAUCGGAUCCGGAUGGGCCCAGUUGGUGCUCUUUAUCCUUCUCUGGGUUAUCCCGCUUCUUAUGGGCUGUACUGGUGCCUUUAUCUUCAUCAAAAACUUCUACCGUGUCAAACUCAACAAGAAUGGUAAUGUUACCAAAGCCGAUAAGUUCCCAGUACUGCUUUGGGGGAGAAUGAAAGGAUUAUUCACCAAAAACGAUAACGACGAGAUCAUGAUGGCAGAAAAGGGAGGGCCACUAGACAUGGCUCUUGCUGGAGCGAGCGACCAACGACGUACAGUAUUGAUUGCCACCAUGGAGUACGAUAUUCAAGACUGGCAAGUCAAGGUCAAGAUUGGUGGCCUAGGAGUCAUGGCGCAGCUUAUGUCACAAAACUUGAAGCAUCAAAAUUUGAUUUGGGUGGUGCCAUGUGUCGGCGACAUUGAAUAUCCUGUGGAUACGCCUGCUGAAGACUUUGUGGUGACAAUCCUCGAUAAUCCCUACUCAGUGAAGGUGCAGUAUCACGCCGUGGACAACAUUACCUAUGUCCUCCUUGAUGCUCCGGUUUUUAGACACCAAACCAAGGCGGAGCCUUAUCCUCCUCGUAUGGAUGACCUUGACAGCGCAAUUUACUACUCGGCCUGGAAUCAGUGUAUCGCCGAGGUAAUGAAGCGAACACCCUCAAUUGAUCUCUAUCAUAUCAACGACUUCCACGGCUGCGUGGCACCGCUUUAUUUGCUCCCAUCGCGAACUAUCCCGGUCUGUCUAUCUCUGCACAACGCCGAGUUUCAAGGACUUUGGGCUUUGAGAACCGCAAAAGAGAAGAAGGAAGUCUGUUCUGUCUUCAAUCUCCCAGUUGACGUAGCGACAAAAUACUGUCAGUUUGGCAGUGUUUUCAACUUGCUUCACACUGGCGCUAGCUACUUGCGAUUCCACCAGCGCGGUUUCGGUGCAGUAGGCGUCUCCGAGAAGUAUGGAAAGCGCUCAUUUGCCCGUUAUCCAAUCUUUUGGAGUCUGGGUAAGAUUGGUAGUCUUCCCAAUCCAGAUCCAUCCGACACAGCCGCCUUAAAGAAAGACCCCGACGUACAAGUUACGGUCCAGUCUGCCGAUGAGCUAUCCAUUGACAAAGUCCAGGCCCAGAAAUGGGCUGGGUUGAACGAGGACCCCAACGCUGAUUUGCUGGUGUUCGUGGGAAGAUGGUCGAAACAGAAGGGAGUCGACUUGAUUGCGGAUGUUAUGCCGGCUGUCUUGUCUGCUAGACCUAAUGUUCAGCUGAUCUGUAUUGGUCCCAUCAUUGAUCUCUACGGUAGACUGGCUGCUAUCAAGCUGGAGCGUAUCAUGCAAAUGUUCCCAGGCCGUGUCUUCUCGAAGCCACAGUUUACGAUUCUUCCCCCCUUCGUGUUCUCUGGUGCCGACUUCGCCCUGAUCCCAUCUCGAGACGAGCCCUUCGGAUUGAUUGCUGUUGAGUUCGGUCGUAAGGGUGCACUUGGAAUUGGCUCUCGUAUUGGCGGUCUAGGCCAAAUGCCUGGUUGGUGGUACACUGUGGAAUCCGACUCAGCCCGUCAUCUCUUGCACCAGUUGAGAACAGCCAUCAAAUCUGCUUUGGAUUCAUCACAAGAGACCCGGGAAGAGAUGCGUGCAAACUCUGCUAAACAGCGAUUCCCCGUUCUGGAGUGGGUUCAGAAGCUCGAAAUCCUACAACGGACAGCUAUCCAAAUCCACCACCAAAAGAACCAACUUACCGUUACAGGCUCGCCAAGAGAUUCUCAGAUCUACUGGGAGACACCAGGCCUGCGAGAUACAAUGAUGACCCGCCCUUCAUCGUUCCAGUCAGUGUCGCAGGCUUUGGAUUCCCCACCACCAGGCAGAGUAUCGCAGCCCGUUCAGCCUUCGCUUCUACAGCUACAAGCAGUUGAAGCUCAAGAAAUGCAAGUCGAAAACAGCAGGGGCAGCAUGUUAGGUCGCAAUCUGUCGCUCGGUCGACGCGUUGGACCAGGACAGGGCAGAAAGCGUCUAUCCAAGAAGCCGCGACGUGAGAGUCAGAUGCUCGAGCCGGCCGUCGACGGUGAUACUACUGAUGCGGAUGACGAGGCUACUGCCGCACCACAGGAGGCUUAUAUAACUCAAGAAGAGGCUAUGGCAGCAGUAAAUUUACCCCUCGGAUCUCAGGACCUAGGUACACACCCUAGAAACAGCAAUCACUCUCGUGGCGAGUCUAGCUCGUCAGCCUCCGAGUCAUCGCGUUUCCUCUCCAGGGAUUCCUCUCCAGUCAGACUAUCUCAUGCACUUUCUGAUGCAGCUACACCUUUCGCCGCUCAGGCACAGAAUAUUUCUGUCCUCUCCUUGCCUUCUGUUGUUAAUGAUCAUGAUCACCCCAAUUUCCAUCUGCAAAAAGUCGACCCGACAUUUACCGACAGCAUGGGCAACUUCACACGGCACUUCGAAAAGUUGCUCACGAACCUCAACAAGAAAAACUCAAUUUCAGAUUACUGUAUUGAGCUUUAUCUUAUGAAGAGUGAGCGGAAGUUCUUCUACAUGUACAACGAUGCGCAGUUGAAGAAGCAGCCCAAAGAACGUCCCCUGACCGGAGCUGGCUCGGACAAGCCUGUCGAGGCCCAACCGUAUAGCCUCGUUACGGAAGGUUCCCAAGAGUCGGAAUCUAACAAUACAGACGAAAUUGAUCUAUGGCUCGCUCGUCUGGGAUACAAGAGACCGAUGGCCAUCCAGCGCUUUAUGAGAUGGCGUGUCGGAAACUGGCCUGUUUAUGCUCUAUUCUUGGGUCUUGGACAGAUCAUCGCGACGAACUCUGCACAGAUCACCCUGUUGGCUGGCCAGAUCGGUGAGACGGCAGUCAAACUCUACGUUAUCGCGGCGAUCUACUGCGUCUCUUCCAUUGUCUGGUGGUUCCUCUUCUACCGCUUCCCGUCUGUGAUAGUCCUCACUCUCCCUUGGUUCAUCUAUUGCAUGGCAUUCGUCACCAUUGGUGUUUCUCCAUUCGCACUCUCGGAACUGGGUAAAGUGUGGGCUCAAAAUGUCGCCGCAGGUAUCUAUGCCGCAGCUUCUUCCAGUGGUUCGCUGUUCUUUGCCCUCAACUUUGGUGACCAAGGUGCCGUCCCUGUGAAGGAUUGGAUGUUCCGCGCAAGUCUUAUCCAGGGUAUCUCACAGCUUUACACUGUUGCCCUGUGGUACUGGAGUUCUAAAGUCACUGCAGCGGAAGUUGGAGGUGUUUCCACAGUUGCCUUGGGUUCCUGGCAACUCUCAGCCGUGGUUUUCCCCAUUGCUGCCCUUUGUUUCCUUAUUGGUGUUCUUCUUGCCCUUGGCUUGCCCAAGUACUACCGCCAAGCACCCGGAAAGAUCCUCUUCUUCUACACAGCUCUCUUCCGUCGGCGAAUCGUCCUCUGGUUCUUCUUCAUGGUCAUCAUCCAGAACUGGUUCCUUUCUGCUGCAUUCGGUCGAAACUGGUCAUUCCUCUGGUCCUCUCAACACGCUAAAGCAUGGGAAAUUGUCCUCCUGGUUCUCUUCUUCUUUGUCAUUCUCUGGGUCGCUGUGAUGAUACUCUUCCGCUUCUUGUCCAAGGAGCAUAGUUGGAUUUUACCUGUCUUCGGUUUGAGUAUCGGUGCACCACGAUGGGCCCAAACAUGGUGGGGAACAUCCAAUAUCAGUCACUAUCUUCCAUGGGCUGGAGGUUUGACUUCCGGGGCUAUCGCAUCCCGGUGUCUCUGGCUCUGGCUGGGCGUUCUAGACGAGAUUCAGCAAGUCGGCUUGGGAAUGAUUCUCUUGCAGACCUUGACAAGAGUUCAUGUCUGUUUCGUUCUGUUGGCCGCACAGGCUCUUGGAUCUAUCGCCACAAUUUGUGCUCGUGGAUUUGCGCCAAACAAGGUCGGCCCAGCAAGCAUCUCCCCAAAUGUUGGAUCGUCAUUGGACACGGUUGGCAACGCGUGGUUCUGGAUUGCCCUCUUCUUUCAGCUUCUGGCCAGCUUUGGUUUCCUUCUCUUUUAUCGCCGUGAACAGCUCAAUCGGCCUUAG